AUGGCCCUCUGUGGGUCAUGGAAGCGGACAAGCAAUAUCGUUAGUCGCGUCAACCCACGUGGCAUUAAGGUGGCUGGCCAAACUUUAUGCUCCAUGGUUUGUCCCCGCCUCAAGAUAUGGCAUUUUGGGUCCUUGGACUACUUUACAACAGCGGUGGAGGUCUGA